CAGUACUGCGCAGCUUUACCACGCAUACCCGGAAAAAUAAACAUGCAAAGAACCUAGCAAAGCAUGGAUAGAAAGUCCAACAUUGUUUCUUGACCACUGGUGGGAGCCAUGAAAGGUUGCAGGGUUAGAGCUGGAAGAACUGUGAGAAAGAGGAAACGGAAACGUGAACAGUCCGUCCAUUCAGUCUCUCUAAGUCAUCAGCCGCAGUACAUCAGCCUGAUGAGGUUUCUCCACCGGAGAGGAUUCAGCUCAACGCUGCUGCAGCCUGCUCUGUUCUCUGACACAGGCAGAGGACUGCAGACUCUUCAAACUAUAAUGCCAGGGGAGCUGGUUGUUUCUCUGCCGGAAUCCUGUCUACUCACAACUUCCACCGUUCUCAGUAGCUACCUGGGAGAGUACAUCAAGAGUUGGAAACCCCGCCUUUCUCCUCUCUCGGCGCUUUGUGUUUUCCUGGUGUGUGAGCGCCAGCGUGGGGAGGCCUCUGAUUGGUUCCCGUACAUCAACGUGCUGCCCAGCUCUUAUGCCUGCCCCGCGUGUUUCUCAGACGAGGUGAUAGACGUCCUGCCGGCCGGCGUGAGGAGGCGGGGCUUAGAGCAGAGGGGGGCGGUGCGUGAGAUGCACUCCUCCAAUCAGGAGUUUUUCAGGACUCUGCAGCCAGUUCUGAGCCGACCCACAGAAGAUGUGCUGACAUAUGAAGCUCUGAGGUACACAAACACACUGAUGAUCACCAAACCUGGUUCAGUCUGCUAUUUCAGCUGUUGUGACUCCUUCAGGUGGGCUUGGUGCAGCGUAAACACGCGCUCUGUCUUCAUGUCCCGGCCAUCCAGCUGCUUCCUAUCUGGACCUGAUACUUACGCUUUAGCUCCCUUCCUGGACCUCCUCAACCACCGCCCUGAUGUCCAGGUAAAAGCGGGUUUUAAUGAACAGACAAAAUGCUAUGAAAUCAGUAGUGUCUGUGGUACACCACGCUAUGAGCAGGUAUUCAUUAACUAUGGUUCCCAUGACAACCAGCGCCUGCUUUUGGAGUACGGAUUCGUUGCCAUGAAUAAUCCACAUAGCGUCGUGUAUGUGGAACCAGACUUACUGUGUGACAUUUUAAGAGGUGAGAAGAGUUUGGAUCAGAAGAUGAAGUUCCUCAGAGAGAAUCAUUUCCUUGAGAAUCUCACCGUGUCCAGUGAAGGUCCCAGUUGGAGGCUGAUGGUGGCUCUCAGACUGCUGUCUCUGCCACAAACACUGUACCACCUGUGGAGGUCAGCGCUGCUCGGUCAGGUUGUUGAUGAAAAGACAGAAGUGAGAAGCAGCCAGACAGCCAGGACUUUAUGUCAACAGCUGCUGAAAGAUACACACAUAGCUCUGGAUAAGAUCUCCCAGCUUCUGGGUCAGUGUGGGGGGCCAGUCAGGGAGCAGCUGGAGGUGGUGAGGGAAUUGCGCCAGGAGGAGAGGAGGAUCUUGGAGAGCUGUGUUACAGCUCUGAAAGACUCUGUAACUCUAGAAAAAGAGACUUCCUCAUGCAAAGCAAACGUUGGAGCGAUGAGCUGACACCUUACCGGUCUUCUGUUCACACAGCUGCUGUAUCAUACUUCUUCCUGCCCACAAAGCUGCUAAAAAGACAUUAAAAGUGCCGGUUUGAUCCAAAGAUUAUAAGAAAUAGUGGUGCACCAAUUGCAGUUUUCUGGACAAUCACCGAUCUUUACAAAAUCCUGACCUGCCAAUUCUGAUUUGGCUGAAAAGUUGCUAAAAGUCUGAAAAUCAGCCACAAAGUGUUUGGUUUUGUGGAUACGAUCAGUUUCUCAUGUAGAAAUCGGCCGAUCGCCAAUCUCCCAAAAUGAAUGAUAUAUGGGCCAAUUUAACGGUGCACCCCGAAGCCUCCAUCUGUGGACCUCCAUCACAAGACAUCAGAAAUUCUUCGAAAGUGCCUUUCAAAAGUAUUCAUAUGCCUCAAACAUUUU